AGUUGAAUUGCAGUUCGUGGAUUUUGUCGACCAUAAAUAAACAAGAUUCAAUCUUUAAUCAGGUUUUUUUUUAUGUAAGUGUGUAGUUAUUUAAAAUGUUGUUCUAUGACAAAUAUCGUAUUUGGUUAUUUUUUACAAUUAUAACAGCAGAAAAUGUAAAAGAGGACAAAGUAAAAGAAAAGCAUGACGCAAAUUACAAGCCGACCAUUGAUAGACGAUUUAUAGAUGACUUGGACGAUAAGGACUGGCACAUAUCACAUUUAAAAGAUAUUGAUUUCGAUAUUGAUGGAGAUUGUGAUGACGAAACAUAUGAAAACAAGGCAACAAAGUACCGGAAAACUUUAAAGAAUGACGCUGCAUUGGUUGAAUUUGUUUCAGGAGACGCCCUACAGGUUAAGAAAGAAGAUUUGCCCAAAGGUAAAUGUAAAAGGAACAUAACCAAUAUUUUCAAAACAAAAGAAAAGAUUAAGUCAAAAUCAAACUUAAAUACAACAAAAGAACUAAAUGAGAAAGAAAAAAAUCUAACGAUAUCUGACGAUGAAGUGAAAACAGCUACAGUGAGUACGAAAAAAAUUGAAAUAAAAGAUGAAAAGAUUCUAAAUAGUACAAAUAAAAGAAGAAGCGAAUAUCAGUUUAGUUCCGUUGAAUAUUACGAUGAGGUUCAAGACUUCGAUAAAUCAAUUUGUCCUGAUGCGGUUGAAGUUAUAACGUUGGAAUUGGAUCAGCUUAGAAAUUAUGAUGUGGAAUGUGAGGCAAUUCUUGAAUGGAGAAGCUUAGAUUAAGUAGGCAGUUGAAUAAUGAAGCCAAAUAGUAAGAUUCAUUAAAGGCGGCCUGUUUUCAAUAUAAAAAGUUCGUACGCAGCUGACUUUUUAAGCCGUAUAAACUACAUAGUAUUUACAUUUAAAAUAAUAAUUAUUCUGUUAGAGAACACUCAAAACCUACCGCGAGACAUGAUCGUGAAAUAUCAGAAAGUGUAUAUCGAAUAUAAUAAAGGACACAUGCAUCAAAACAGCAUUUCCUUGUGGGUCGGUUUUUAAAAUAUCACGAGUGAGAUAAGAUGUGAGUUCUUAUAAAAUAGUACAACAAAAAUGUUAUAUGGUAUAAACCGUGCUAUUAUAAAUUAAAUAAUAAAAGUUCAUUGUAUGUUUUGCACUUGAAAUAAAUAAUUAAUAUUUAA